AUGGGAAGACCUCCUUGCUGUGACAAAACCAAUGUGAAGAGGGGUCUUUGGACUCCUGAGGAAGAUGCUAAGAUACUUGCUUAUGUCUCCAACCAUGGAAUUGGAAACUGGACCUUGGUUCCUAAGAAAGCAGGACUGAACCGAUGCGGAAAGAGCUGCCGGCUAAGAUGGACUAACUACCUCAGACCGGAUCUCAAGCAUGACAAUUUCACUCCCCAAGAAGAAGAGCUCAUUAUUAACCUUCAUGCAGCUAUUGGAAGCAGAUGGUCCUUAAUUGCGAAACGGCUUCCCGGGAGAACAGACAAUGAUGUGAAGAAUUACUGGAACACAAAGCUGAGGAAAAAGCUUAUGAACAUGGGAAUCGAUCCGGUAACUCAUAAGCCGGUGUCACAAGUCCUUUCUGACUUGGGAAGCAUCAAUGGCCUCCCAAGCACAGGAAACCAAAUUGAACCAUCCAACCCAAUGGUGGAGCAGACACAAGAGGAACAAACUCAAUUUUGGGAAAAUCAGGUGCAAUACCAACAAGUCUUGGCCUCAGAAUGUGUCCAACCAAAUGUAGUCUUCAGCGAAGCUGCUUCGUCGAGUUCUUCGUCAUCAUCCUCCAAUCUCACUCAAUUGAGCUCCCCUCAGCAGUCAUAUAACUGUCACAAUUCUCAAAUAACUCCUCCUUGUUCCUCGUCGUUCGAUUGGAGUGACUUUCUUCAUGGUGACUCAAUCAUGUGGUCAGAGAUGCAGCAGUGUGAUCCACAGAGGGUUAUGUCAUCCAGUGAGGCAUUCGGCGCUGUUGCUUGCGGCGCAAGCAUGUGUGAAGGCCGUUCAAAUUCAGGGGAUUCAUUUGUGGAUGGUAUUUUGGACAGGGACAGUGAAAUAAGAGCAGCAUUCCCUGAACUUUUGGAUGAUGCUUUUGAUUAUUGA